AUGCGGGUUCUAGGUAUUGCUGCCGCCGAAGGCGAAUCAGACGAAAACGGCCUCGAGAAGAGGAAACACGAAUAUCUGCGAUUCGGCAAGAGAAAGCACGAGUACCUGCGAUUUGGAAAGAGAAAGCAUGAAUAUCUGAGGUUAGUUCGGAAAGAGAAAGCACGAAUAUCUGCGUUUCGGGCGCAAGUAGACGAUGCAACAGAUCACGAUGAACGCCAUCGACUCUACACAGUCCCUUAA